AUGACAGUCACUCAUUACAGAACGAUAUACAUAGCAUAUACUAAUAAAAAGUAUCCUGUGGUCACUAAUUAUUUUUUAAGUAAUGUAAGCAUUAAGAGAGAUGUCGUUAUUAAAGACCUAGGUGUAAUUUUUGAUGUAAAAUUACAGUUUGCUGAACACUACAGAUACAUUGCAGUGUGGUCACCUAUAGAUCAAUGCCACAAGAUGUCCUUGGAGAAGAUACAGAGACGGCUCCUGAAGUAUCUAGCCUUUAAAAGCGACAAUAUAUACCCUCCACGCAAAUUUCCAGAGAACCGGCUACUUGAAAGAUUUAGUAUUCCAGCUCUAGAGAUAAGAAGAAAUAUCCUUGCUGUAUCAUUCCUAUAUAAGGUCGUCAAUGGUUAUAUCGAUACACCAGAAAUACUGGAAGUUAUAAAAUUUCGCGUGCCACAACUUCAGCUCAGAAGUACAGAUACGUUCUAUUUGCCUACAGCCAGAACAAAAUUAUUGAAGAAAUCACCUAUAUAUCUGAUGUGUUCAACCUUCAACAAAUACGGGAAAAGCUGCGAUAUAUUCUACGAUAGCCAAAGAUGCAUCAGAAGUAUCAUUUGUUUAAAGUCGAUGGCUAAUUUCCAAUAG